UGACAACUUACCCCUGAGACAUGUAGGCCUGGUCCUGAUCUCCUCUAUACACAGGUAUUUACAAAUAAAUAUCUAGGAUUUAUUGUUUUAUGUUUACACAUAUGAAAAUCAGAUUUAGGCUACAUCUGUAUUCAUGAUGUGCAACUAACUUUACAGUGUAUUGUGACAUUGUAUUAUGUGUUGACAAAGCAAUCAACGAUUCAUUUCAGUGGAUUGGCGUCAUCGGAUGUUUUCUAAAAUGUAUUUUCAAGAACGUUUUAAUGAUGUUAAUUUCUAGGAUAAUUAAUUUAGGACACAGCUUGGGCAUGCAAUCUGUAUAGGCUGCGUCAAACACAUGAAUCUCACAAGGAGAACAGCAUGAAAGUGUUUGAUCAGGCUUCAUUUUCCCCACGACACUGUAACCUCCCUCUCUUUUCUCCUCCUCUCCUCGUCUGUGCCGCUUGUAGAGGCUCGCGGAGCAUUGAGGCGACCUGAGCGCGGCGCGCGGGUGGAACAGGAUGAGCUUCCCUUAAUUAACGGAGCGCGAGCCCUGCAGGAAUGCCAGCGAGACGCUGCUUGGAGAAGGGCCAGCAUGCUUGAGAUGAACAUAUGAAUAAAAGUUCAAAUGGCUGAUCUUAAAGUCCUCUUUUGUGGUCAAGACGCUGUCCAGACCGAUCACCUUGACUGGUCCCUAAAACACCAGCAAAGUCAUCACUCAGUGUGCGCAGAUGAAAGGGCCCUUUCCAGCGAAGAGUGCUGCCAGGCGUAUCUGGAGGAGAAUGUUAAUGAGGUGAACAGGCUUUCAGAACCAUGGACAGCGACUCUGCCAAUUGGACGACUCUGCAAACUCAAUGAAUGGGGAUUCGAUGAAGAAGUUGAGGUAUGUUAUGAUGAGCAGUUUGAAACAGCUUUUCCAGGUGUGGCUGACAUUACUGACCAUAAAGACGGUCAGUUGUUAGAGGAGGAGACCAACUAUGACAAUUUCAGUUGGAAUUCAUCCAAAGAUCUCCAAGAUGGCGCCCCGGAAUGCUCCCUUCUGUCAGUUGACGAUUUCAUGGUGGAUUCGUCGGAAAAGUCAGUGGAUUAUGGAUUUAUAGGUGCUGUUACCUUUUUAGUUACAGGGAUCUCAUUGGUUGUCAUCUCCUACACGGUCCCACGUGACGUCAAAGUGAAUCCCGAUAGUGUUUCCGCUAGGGAGAUGGAGCGCUUGGAGAGAGAGAACGCCCGAGUGGGCGCUCACCUGGACAGGUGUGUGAUUGCCGGGCUGUGUCUCCUCACACUCGGAGGUGUGGUAUUGUCAACCCUGUUGAUGAUCUCCAUGUAUAAAGGAGAGAUGAUCAGAAGACAAGCUUUUGCUUACUCCAAGCACCAAGCCAGACUGUACGGCUCUAUAAAUUUCAGAAGUGGCGCGAGCCCGACCGCUGCUCCUUCGCUUUUGUCUCUUGAUGAAGAUGAAGUUCCUGUUGAAGUCUUGAGUUGAAGCCAAAAAACAUAUAUUGUCAGCAGUGGCGUGCACAAGGGGGAGGGGGGGGGUUGAGCCCUGCCCCUUUGAUCGUGAAAGUGAAAGUGCCCUUUGCGGUCGCAUCGCGGUGCCCCCGCGUUCCCCCUGCAUCCCCCACCGGAACGCGAUUUCUACAGCGGGAGAACAAUCUCAUCCCCCCCUCAACGCGAUUGCGCCCCUGCCCUCACGGAGGUCUGUGCACACCACUGAUUGUCAGUUCUUCAAAUGAUCAAAACAAGCUUUGUGAUACUGUGAUCUACAUCUAGUAGAUGAAAAUAUUUAUAUGACUGAAUAAACUUGACUAAAUUGGGUCAUAUCAACAAAGGGUCCAACAGGUUGAAAUUCUACACUUUUUACACUGUAUGUAAUGGACAAUUAAAUGUUACAUCUAUGAAAAUGUAACAUACCAACAUGAAUUUGAGUCCUGUUUAUGUGAACAAUGUCCUUGUGAGAGUUUGUGCAUUUUGCCAAAGCGUAUGUUCUUGUAAAUAUACAGCAUGCUUAACACGUGCAGUUAAAUAAGCCUCUCAAUUGGUGUGAUCAGUUUCUUUGGAUAUAUGCAACUUUUUGCUACCUUGCCAAAUUUGUCAUAUUUAGCCAGUUGUCACAUUGGAAAAGAAAAAAGGCUUUUACAUUUCCUUUUUUUUUGGCCUGGCUUGGCAGACUGUGUCUGACAGCUGACUUAAUCGUCAGUCAUUGUAUGAAAACCUUUCUCCAAUCAGGAGGGAUGGAGAUUUAUUCCCCCGAAGCCAGUCAAAUCUAUACAUUUGCAUUCAAAUUUACAUAAAAAUGCACAGGAUAAACAGCUUAGCAAUAGAGGUAACGUGAAUGCACACCAGGGAGGUUUGAACUAAUUUUUUGUGAGCUUAGUUUAUUUAGAGAAUAUCUGUGGUUUUAAUGCACAUGGGAUGCAGGAAACAUAUGAGCAGAUGUCUCUCUCUCUUUUUCUCUCCACCUCUCAUCAGUGUGCCAGUGUACUGGAGGAGUCUCAUGGGAAAUGACUGCUCUGUUUCUCCUUCCCAAUAGCAACUAACCCCAUUAGAGUCGCACAUCAUAACACGUAAUGACCUGAAAGAACCGAAUCCACAAUGCAGACCGCAGCAAAAGGCACAUAAAACCAUUGUGUAGAUUCUCAUCCCCCAAAGCACAAGCUGUCAGAAACAAGUAAAGAAAAUUAACCAGAAACAGUGUUCAAGUGUUCUCAAAAUAUCUUCUUUUAUGUUCAGCAGAAGAAUAAAGUCGUACAGGUUUGGAAUGACAUAAGGCUGAGUAAUAAUGGCAGGAUUUAAGAACACCUAACAUAGCGGAAUCUAGACAUAUAAGCCUCAGGUUGAGGGUCAAAGUGAAAUAAAAAUGCCCAUGAGGCUUUGAACAAGCAAUAGGCUUCUGCUGAGGAGUGCGGUCCGUAUAAGAAACGCUUACCGAGGGCCGGAUCAGAUUAUCCCUCGCUAUACACCAGCACUGCAGCCAAGAUUCCUGACACCAGUGUUCUUUUCAUCCCAUUUCUACGUGACAGCACACACAUGAGUGUUUUAACAGCCCCCUUGAGUGUCUGUUUGCGUGAGAUUACUUAGAGUAUCGUUAGACAUUUAAACAAACGCUUGUAGAAAAUUGCAGCUAUUAAAUCUGCGGGUUACUAAUAUCACUUGUGGUUUUAAUAAAGCUUAAUGGUUUGCCGUAAAACCAAACUCAGUGCCCUUAAUAUGGGCGAAGAUAAGUGUGUGUGUGUGUGGGGGGGGCAUAUUCUUAUAAUGUAUUUUUAGGUCGCACACAGCGGUGUGGAUAGCAAUUAAUGAAAUGUCAACAAUGCAUGACCAAGUCUAGUGAAAUAAGAACUGAUUUAUAUGCCAUUUUUCCUUCUCUGGCUGUCACCAUCUCUCUUUUUGUUUCCCUGUCUACCUCUCUCAUUCUCUCUAACCAGCACUCAGUAUAAUAACUCAAUCACUUAGGGCCGCUGGCAUCAGGAAAUGGGGCUAAAUUGAUUAAAGGGUCAGUAUGGGUCAGGGAGUGGGUGUGGACAUCGUCUCAAGGGACAGAGUUACGGUCAUUGUGUGCACAUACAACACAUAACUGAGCCAUAUCAUAAAUUGCCUGUGGCGCAGUGACAUCCUAACAUAUCAUCUCGCUCUAUUCUUUAGAUAAAGAACCGGCCCAAGCCGGUCUGAGUGAAAAGAUGUCAAUAAAAUGAAGUCCAGUCAAGACUGUCUGUGAGACACAGAUGGAGUUGUCAGUU